ACCUAUGACCUGAUUUUGUUUGCUCCUUAAAGACAGCGUUGGUGGUAUUUACAAGACGUGAGUGUUACGUGUCUACCUGCUCAGUGUUCUCCUCACAAGAAGCUCUAAUCACCUUACAAGAUGCCUUUUCACAUAGCUAAGGAGACAGGGACCUGGAAGGCGAGCGGGAACUCCGACAACUACGGCGAGAUUCUGCAGAAACUGGGUGUUCCGCCCGACAUGUUGCCAAAGGUCCUGGAGAUAGAAUACUCGGUGGAGAUGUCAGUUUCCGGGGACACGUUCACCUAUAAGAUCACAGAGUUCGGCCAGACGUCAGUCAACACCUUCACCCUGGGCGUGGAGAGCGAGGAGAAGGACGCGUGGGGCACGACAAGGAUGGUGACAUACAGUAUGGAAGGGGACUCUCUGGUGAACACCUAUCCUAGCGUGGACGGGAAAGGGCUGAAGUUCAGCAGUGCUCGCCGUUUCGUGGACGACAACACCAUACGUACGGAGCUGAAGGUUGGUGAUCUUGUAGGCUGGUCGGAGGCAAAGCGAGUGGUUUAGUCGACUCUCUGCAACUUCAUCAUGGAAUAGCAGUGCAGUGUACACAGCCAAAAUGCUCCACAACGUUUGUGCCAAAGAAAACGCUGUUCAGAGUGAACAACGAGACUGUGCUUACUGCCCGUUGUCUUUGUGAGCGAAUAAAAGUUGUGUAACAAAAUGUGA